AUGGCUGCAAUCAUGUACCAUCCUAGAUUACAGUUGCAUCUUGAAUCUCAACUUGUUGAAUCAAGGACACUAACAUUAACGCUGCCUUCUCCAAAACGUUCCAAUGAUUUAGCCUUCAAAUCUUGUUUCCCUGAUUCAAACGUCAACAAAACAGAAACUUUUCAAGACAAGCCCGACAAUAGUGGUUGGAACUUCGUUGAUGCUCUUUCCAAUAUCUCACAAACCACAACCACCGGUUAUGUUCAUCCUCAACAGAAACGUUCCUCUUUGGUUUUGAGUCCAAAGAGUCUUGAACUGUGCACAGAGAAUCUUGGUAAUGAGAGUGGUAGUGGUAGUAACAUUGUAGAAAACGACAUGUUGUUGUCUUUAAUGGAAACAAAAGAACAAAGACAACGUUGUCGUCAUGUUUUAGCGGAUACUAAGACAGUGAAAAUUCAGAAUUUUCCGCCACCUUUGGCAACGAUAAGGGGAUCAGAAUCUCUUCGUGUUAGACCUCACCGGGAAGAUGGAAGAUUAGUGAUUGAAGUUACUAAGGUCCCACGAAGAACAUCUUGUUUCCGAGCUGAGAGAAGCCAUGGUCGUCUUCGCUUGUGUUUUUUGACAAAUGAAGCUACAAGUUUUAACUCGGAAGAAGAACAAGAAGAAGAUAGUGACAUUGAUAUUGAUGAUGAUGUCAUAGAUGAAAAUGAACAUUCACGCAAUGAAGAAGAAUUUUCUAAAAAUGAAAUGAUUGGAGAAAAAACACACGAUGUUGAAAAAGAGGGAUAA